CCGGCGGGACCCGCCCCCAGCCGGGCCUCGCAGGCGGCGCGCGCCCGGUCGCGAGCUUCGGCCCCUUUUCCCUCUGGAAUGCCCCCCUCUCCGCGGCGGAACCGAGCGAGCCGAGCGGCGGGAGGUUUUCUUUGCGAAAUUCUACACGUGAUGGAACAAAUCUUUUCUUUACCAGUAUGGAUAUGUAAACCUUUUCAAGAUGGUUAAGGACCACCGUGGAGAACAAAGUGGAAUGACAACAGAUCUUUAUUAAACGUGCCAUCAGUGGUGAUUUUGGAAAGAUGAGAAGGGACCUACUGAAGGGCAGGUCAGUGAAGCUGAAAAUUGCAGUAUCUCUGAUUUGACUUACUUGGAGGAAUCCCGUGGGAUAGGGCCCUAGAAGGUAGAGGGGGCCAAAAGAGCUGGGCAGUAUUAAAGCAUUUCUUUCUGCGGGCUCAAGUUUGAUGCAUCCCUAGGAGUAAGCAGAAGAAGUGGAAGAAAGAAGUGGAGAGCAACGAAGCUGGUCUGCUAUUGCUGUUACAUGUAUCCCAGUUAUGAGAUAUUUUUUCAUGAUUUCUGGACUUGAUGCUGUCAGCUGCAUGUGAAUAAACUAAAACAAAAAGCAAGCUGAAUUUUAAAGAACAAAAUGCCACGGAGAAGGAAAACUGGUGGGAGUCCUUCUCGGAAGAAUGGCAAUGUUGAUGGAACUGCUAUUGCUGUAUCCCAGGGGGACCCAAGCCACUUGGUGUCACAAGCAGCGCAUAGUGGCAAUAGGGAAGAGCUCUUCAACAGCAUGUCAGAGAUGUUUUCUGCCCUAGAUCCUAGUGUGGUUUAUAUGGUUCUGUCUGAAUGUGAUUUUAAAGUGGAGAAUGCUAUGGAUUAUCUGCUAGAGCUGUCCACCCAUGCCAAAGGGGUAGCGUCUUCAAAAUACCUGGGUUUUGAUACAGUAGCAUCAUCGGUAGCUCUUGUUUAUCAGCAAAGAUCUGUUGCAAAUGAAAGAAUGGGGGAAAGUACUGCAGAACAAAGGAAUUCUGAAGAAGAAAAAGAAGAGGUCCUGUCACCUGAUGUGCAGCUGACUGAAGACAUAGAUUCCUUAAUAGAAAAUGCUCUUCAGAAGUACAGCUGGAGUGAUGAAUUGCUUAAUUCUGUGAAUGACCAAAUAGUACAUAUGCACUCUGUGGAACAUGAUGACUUUAAUGAAUUUCCUGAGUGGGAAAAAUCUGAUUCAGGUUGCAAUGUCCUAUUUUUUCCACAGCAAACGGGGAUGAACGGUGAGGUUUUGGAAAACUCCAGCUGUUUUCAGCCGCUAGAAAGUCAGCUGGGUCUCCAGACAAGCUUACCAGCUGCAUCAGACGCUUUUGUACGGAUACUGGAAGAUUCUGAUUUGUCAGAAAUGCAUGGUCAACAUGAUAUAGCUUCAGAACCCUGUAAACAGUUGAAUGGAGAAAUAUCAUGUGGGAAGUCUGAUCAGACACAAGACACUGUUUUAGAUCAAAAAAGCGUGACUGCUGCUUCUGAUGAGUCCUCCCAAAUACCUGUGGAGCUUAGAGCAGCUGUAACUGAAAAUCCUAAUUCAAGGUGCCUGAAACAGGACGAAAAGAUAGUAACUGCUUUUAACAGCCAGCAGAGCACUUUUCUUCCAGAGGCCUAUGUCUCUCUUGAAACAUCCGUUUUAGAAACACCAAAACCUGCACAUUUUCAGCAAGCUCAGCAGGGCUAUAACUUAAAUUACUCUACACCAUCAUGUCACCCUCAGCAACGCUGGAAUCUCAUGGCUCCUGUGUUUUAUCCGUCCAGUAGAAGUCGCAGCUUUGUACCUCCUGUGGCUGUCAGUCCAGAGCAGUGGAGACCUGUUUCAGACUGCAGGACUUUGGAAAAAGGACAUUUUUUCCCCUCUCCAUUCCCAAAUGCCUGGGAUAGAAACUCUUCUCUGAAAAUACGGGGAAGUCAAGAUAGAAGCUCAAAGUUGAACCUCUUGGAAGCACAGCAGCCACCUGUUUGUCACACGAGAAAAAAGAUGCACCUUACAGGUCAAGUGCUUGUUCUUCUCAGAGGUGUUCCAGGAUCAGGAAAAUCAUAUUUGGCAAGGACUUUGCUUGAGGAUAACCCAGGUGGAAUCAUUCUUAGUACUGAUGAUUACUUUUAUAAACAUGGACAAUACCAUUAUGAUCCUGAUUGCUUAGGGGAAGCGCAUGACUGGAACAGGAAACGAGCCAAAGAAGCAUUUGAAAUGAGAAUCACUCCUAUAAUAAUAGACAACACAAAUAUACAAGCAUGGGAGAUGAAGCCUUAUGUUACUUUGGCUCAACAGUUCAAAUACAAAAUCAUGUUCCGAGAACCAGACACUUGGUGGAAGUCUAAACCAAGAGAACUUGAGAGGCGAAACAUUCAUGGUGUUUCUAAAGAAAAGAUCAAAAGAAUGUUGGAACGGUAUGAGCCCUGCCUUACCAUUAGUUCAAUAUUGAAUUCUUCAGUCCCAGACAAAUCAGAAGCUGCUGGCUGGAGUGACGAUCAUUGUCAGGAAGAAAACCGUAGACAAAAAAAAAAAGUGGCACAUUCUGAUGUACAGGAAGAAAACCUUUUUGCUUCUAAUGUGGAGCCUGAACUAUCAGCUUCAGCUAACACUGAAGAUGAUAAAACUAUUUCCAGUACUUCUCUAGCACUAGAAAGUAACUGUCAUCCUGAACAUUUUCAGAAAGAGGAAAAAGAAAUGGAAAACAACUCAGUGGAACACUUAUCUGAGAACAACACUGUUCAAGGUGGCUUGGAUAUUUGUUUACCAGAUUGUGUAGAAAAAGAACUGCCCUUCGAGAAGGAGGACAGAGAAAAAAUAGGAAAAAAUGCUCGAAUAGAAAUGGAUGAGGUUGAUGUGACCACAACUGAAGAGGCUGUGUGCUUGCUUACAGGAGGACUUAAAGAACACAGUGGUAACGACAUUGUCAAAGCUCAGACUGAAGCUGAACAAUCAUGUGAAAUAGGUAUGGAACCAAAAUCAGCUCAAAGUAUUAAGAUAAUCGAACCAAGCAGUUCAGCUUUUGACACAUCAGGAAAACCUGAACUACUAAACUUUCUGGGUGACUGGCCUAUAGAACAGACAAUGGGGCAGAGAGUCAAAAGAGCCAGAAGACUAGAAAAAUCUUCUCUAAGGAGUGAUACAGAAGGUAAAACUCCCAGUGAGCAGCAUCCCGAGUUGAGUAAAGAGCAAGCAGGCCUGCCUGGAACCUGUACUGUUGAAAAAGUACAUGAGGAAGGAAAACUAGCCUCUAGCUGUUCCUCUCUUAGUUCAGAUAAAGCCACACCAGAACUGCAAAUGAUAGGACAUUGGCCUGUCUCAGGCUCAUUAGAACAGAGACAACAAAGGUCAAGGAGGAUGAGAAAGACAAGUCUAAAUCAGUCAGAUGAAAGCAGAAAUGGUGAAGGUGACAUUAAUAGAAAAGCUCUUGAGACUGUAGACAUGCUUAGUGGGACACCUGUGAGCGAGGCAGAGCAACCAGAUAUAAAGAGUUUGCAUGGGCACCAACCUGAAACAGUAACUACUAAAACAGUGGGUGAGAAGACGACCCAGCAAAAUAACGGAACAAGGAAACCUCACAAAUUAGCCCUUACUUUUACAAACAAGUUGCCCCAUCCCAAGAACGAGGAACACUUGUCUUUGUUCAACACAGUGGAAGAAAAGCAUGACACAUGCUCAUGCAGACAAAAAAGCAGCUAUUCACAGACUGAAUCACAGGACUUUGCUCUCCUGUGGAGAUUAGAAAAGAAAAUACUCUUUCCUGAGACUACCAAAGUAUUGGAUGGGAGACUAGAUGGCUUCAAACCCAAAGACGUUGGUAAUAACUCAGAUUCUCAGGAAGAAAUACCCUAUCGAGUAACGUAUGAUAAAAGUACAUUUGUGGAAGAAAGUGAACUUAUCAAUAAUAUUGAUGAGUCUGAAAAGCUAGAUAUUCUGUGUAAGCUUUUUGAGUCUGUUUCCGUUGAAGCUCUGAAAGAUCUGUAUGAAAGAUGUAACAAAGAUAUAGACUGGGCCAUAGGUCUGCUGUUAGACUGUGAUGAAAAGGUAUACGAAGAUGAUGAUACUGAACACUCACAAGUAAGAGAAGCUGAGCCAGUUGUUGCAGACCUUGAUUGCAAGGCAAGUACAAAUUGUGCUGAGAAUCUCAAAGACUGUGAACAAAUUCUGCAAGUAACUGAGGCUGGUGAUGUCUCUGAGCCUUCAGAAGACAAAAACUCAUCACUUGGCAUUGCAGAAGGUAGAGCUACCAAGGCUGCUGUGACAGAUGCUGAUGUGUUUGACUUGUUUACUGCUACCUCAUUGAGUGAUUCGGCAGAACUGAAAAGUUCCGGGGAUGCAGGCCCUAGAACUGAUGGAGGCAGCUCAGCAGUAGCUAUCAGUGAGCCACUCAUUUUGGGAAGGCAGAAGAUGGAUUCUGAGCAUCCCGUUGAAGAAACUAUAAAUAAGCCAUCAGUUUUACAACUUGAUGCAGGGUUAUGUAUACCCAUGACUUUGCGUCAUGGUUCUGACACAACUUAUACCAGUUUGAGAUUUGAAUUAAAUAAUGGAAAUGACGGUAACCCUUCAGAAAGCAAUGCAGAGAAUUCCAAAGUGACUGCUUCAUUACAGGAAGUGGAUCAUGCACCUCUGGUGGGUUCUAGGAAUGAUAAAGAACUGGAGACAGAUGAAGAAAACCAGGGGAGUUCCAGAGAGAUAUGUGGUAAAGCAGAAAUUGAGGCUCCAAGCUGGGAUGAAACUAAAGCCAAGACACAAAGCCCUAUACCAGCAUCACGUGCAGCCUUUGAUAUAGAUUGCCUCGAACUAACGUUACCUCCAGAACUGGCUUUCCAGCUGAAAGAAAUAUUUGGGCCUGUUGGCAUUGAUGCAGGUUCACUGACUGUUGAGGAUUGUGUGGUUCAUAUUGAUCUGAAUUUGGCGAGAGUGAUUCAUGAAAAAUGGAAAGAAUCUAUUCUGAAGCGUCGGAGGAGAGAUGAAUCAUCUAAGUUGUCUGCAGAAGGUGCUACUGUGGUUCAUCAGAUAGAUACAGAUGACUCAGAAAUGCUGUUACCUCAGAAUACAGACAGUAAAAUACAGAAGAAAAACAUGAGCUGGGUUUCAGGCUCAUCUAAUGACAUACAGACAAAAAAUCCAGCAACAUCGGAUGUUUUUCCUUUUAUGGAUCACUGGAAUGCUCAGAUUCAGAAAGUUUCUCUCAGACAGAUAAUUUCUGAAGAAAUAGCUAUGCAGGAGAAACAGGACCUGAAUCGUGUUCCUUCUAUGGCUAGAAAAGACUGUGCUGCUAAACUAAAGGAGAAGCAACUUUUUGAGAUGUUUCCAACCAUUAAUCAAAAUUUCUUAAUGGAUAUCUUCAAGGACAACAACUACUCUUUAGAACAAACUGAACAGUUUCUGAACUGUGUUCUGGAGGCAGAUCCUGUAAAAACAGUUGUAGCUCAAGAAAGCGCUCAGCGAGGUAAAAUUGUUUCUUCCUACAGUGCUGCAAAGAACCGGGAGAAGAAGCUUCAACAUUGCAAAUUCCUACAGGCAAAAAAAUGUAAGGAAGAGGAUGAUCCUUUGAGUGAAGUAUUUCAAGAAGUUGAGUAUCCACAAUAUGAGGAUUUAAGAGCAGAGGCUUUUUGUCACCAGCAAAAGAGACAGGAAUGUUUGAAAAAGGCUGUGGAGGCCCAUCGCAUGGGUAUGAAGCCUGUGGCAGCAUUUUAUGCACAUCAGGGUCGCCUUCAUGAGCAGAAGAUGAAAGAAGCCAACCAUGCUGCUGCUGUGCAAAUCUUUGAGAAAGUAAAUACUUCCUUGCUACCUAUGAAUGUAUUGGAUCUGCACGGUCUCCAUGUGGAUGAAGCUGUGAAUCAUUUAUCCAGAGUGCUGCAGGAAAAAAGUGAAGAGUACCAGCAAACUGGUGGUAAACCAUAUCUCUGUGUAAUCACGGGAAGAGGAAGCCAUAGUCAGGGAGGAGUUGCUCGCAUUCGACCAGCAGCUAUCAGAUACCUCACAAACCACAACUUCAGGUUCACAGAAAUAAAACCAGGCUGCCUGAAAGUCAUGCUGAAUUGAAGAGCUGUUGAGAAAAGAAGAGGAAUAUAGAAACUGAGGUGUCAGAGUGCAGAUACAUUUUUUUUGAACCACUACAACAGUUUUGUAACAUGUUUUAAAGGACAAUAUUUUAUUAGAAAUGGUCUCAGUUUACAGCAAGUGGUUUUGUCAGUAUGUUUCCAAGAAUUUUUUUUGCAUAGAAUGGAUCCUUUUUUGAACCUGCAAAAAGACACAAGAUUUGAAGUCUCAGAAAUGCAGAUGAAGAAUUCUGCUGAGCAGUAUAUAAUGUUUUAAAGGGAAGUUAAGGUACAAUUUUAAACAUAACUGUCUUCUCAGAAUACCCAGUCUGUGUCUUUUCAGACUCUCACAUUUUAAUUGCUGUGGGUUUUGUGCUUUUAAAACAUAGUAGCUUGUACAAAGUUACUUUUGUGAUUCAGAACUUUGUGCUAAACCCUGAGCACAGAGGGGGUGGGAACUCAGCAACUUGUGAUAUUUUAAAUCCAGUUACAGCUCAGUGCUAAAUAUUACAUCAGACUUUUGAAGAAACCUGGAAGUCUUUUUAGUGGUUAUUUUGUGAUGACUUGAUGAGUUCUAUUGACCUUUUUCCAUUUUAAACUUCACUCAAUAUUGAUGCACCUUGCACAUAAAGGACUAUGCAUUAAUACCAGCUGGGUGUUUGGUAAUUUAGCAGACUUACUGUGGCUUUAAUUAAAGGGAAAAAAUACAAUGCUGUAGUUCAGUCUCCACUUACACAUAGCUAAUACUGUAAUUUUGUAGGAAAUGCCCAUACUUCUUUCAGCAUCUACUGGAUUAAAAUUGUUUCUUCCUCUGUGGCUUUUUAAAUGGAACAAAUUGAGUACUGUUUCACUUCACUUUACUGGUGUCUAAUAGUGACAGGUCUUCAUUCUAUAUGUAUUAAAUUUGGUGAUUUCUUUGUAGAAAACGUAAUUGUCUGUGAGACAUUUUAAAUGUGUUUUUAACGUCAACGUGAAUGCUAAUACUACAGUAGUAAUUGCCUAACUGGAAAGUCCGGGAGUAUAAAAGUUAUUCUGUUACUGUUGGUGUUGCAUCAGCACCCAGAAAUAGUUGUGUAAAAAAACCCAAAACAACGAUCUCCCCCAACUGAAUAUAAACAUCUGUAUUUUGGCAAGUGUUUCCAGUAAGCAAUCAGGACAGGUUUUUUAAUAGAAGUAUUUUCUAGAAUGCAUUACUACUUUUAUUCACAUAUUUGCCUCUUGAAAGGCAUACAAAAUUUUGUUGUAAGGCUUUGAACGACACGCACAUAGAAUUUGUGUAUGAAUCCAUAUGUGUGUGCAAGUUCUGCCAUUUGUGUGCAUGGGUAGCAAUAAGCAAGGAACUUCUGCAAGAAAGGUGUACACAGAAAUAGAUUUAACUUGAAAAAGUUUCUGUAUAAGUUGCUGACAAACUGAGACAUGAUAUUUCCUAACUAUCCAUAUUCACUGUAAUAUGUAUGCAGUGAAUGCAGCGUAUGGUAGACUGAAAAAUGAGUUUGACAUGCUUCAAUAGAUACAAUAAUCUUUUCAUGGUGAUUUCCAGUGGAAGAAUAGCUUGAAUAAUAUUCAACCAAAGGGAGUCUACUGGAAUAAUAGACCAUCAUGGAAGUUGAAUAUUUUUUGUGGGUACUUAGUUAUCUGAAUUGUCUCUCUUCUUUUUUUCUCUCUGGGCUGCUCUGGUAACAAGUGAGUAAAAUACAAAAGAUCAAACAGCGCUAGCAGAGGUGUUUCUGUCCUGUGUGGUGAAGCCCAUGCUCCAUCCUCUUGGAUAGUGCCUAAUAUGGACUGUGAUGUCAUUUAGGCAUUUGGACUUGGACUUGAGAAAGCACUUGAGACUAUCAGCUCUCCAUGGCUGCAGAUGCUAGAAUUGCCUCAGCGGAGCUAGGAUCUUUCUUUUGGACCAAAGAACUGAACUUCCUUCUGCUCCUGAACAGGUUUUUCUUAGUGCUGCCAUUUAUAACAAAUGGAGGGGCAGCUGUAUAGAACAUAGUCCCUGUUGAUUGGCCCAGGUGGCUGAGUUGACCAGCAAAUAUCCCUGUGUUGAGCUGCUGGGUGCCCAGGCCCCACGGUGACGUGCUUGUCACUUCUGAUUGUCUUGGGAGGGAGCCCGAUUCACUCAUCAUAUUCACACCAUUCCUGACAUGGACAAAGGCAGCUUAGAUUUCAGUUCAAAAGACAAGCAGAAGAAGUUGCUGUCUUGCCCAUCUGUUCACCAUAAUCUAGUUGUUGACAAGUUUACCCUGGAAGUGAGAAACAGAGCUUUUUACCUUCUUCUGACUUAGCAAGGGGACAAUAAUUCUGCUUGACUCUCUCCUCCCCAGAAAAUGCUCUAACCAGUGUGCUCAGGAGUGUUCUUGAAGUCACCACUUCCUGAAUCUCUUUCAGAAAUUGCCACUGAAAGCUAAAAAUGCAAGAUCAAUGGGACAAAAAGAGAUUAAAUAAUAAAAAGUGCAUAAACAGCCUGUGGAAGAGGGCUAGGACUCUUCUGAAAAGAAGCUGUUCCCACUGAGCUUCAAUGUCCUUCUAUAUUAUUUUUUGGUGUCUUAGUCCUAUUUGGAUAAAUGCAUAAAAAUUGUUCAGGGUAAAACCUCGAUUCUGCCCCUUACUAGGAGAGUUUGUUUUCUUCAGUCUGUCCAAGUCAGCAGAGGAGUACAUAGCUGAAGAGCAAUUUGGAACAGUUCCCCCCGCCCCCAUCCAUUGUUCUUUUGGGAGGGGUUGAGGGUGAUCAUUUGCGUAGUCUGAGUUGUUGAUUACAGGCUGAAUUUUGAUGGAAGAUGAUGGUUUACAGUUGUGACAUGGGCAAAACCUGUCUUGCCUUUAUUGACAUUGGUGACAGAGCCUUCAGCAUCUCUGGGUGAAACGUUGCAGUUCCAUCUUGGAGAAAAUAUGAUGAGCUCAGCCUUUUUCUUCCAUAAGGAGCUUAGUCGUGCUUAGAAGCUGUGCUGAGCUGGAUGCAGACUGGAGCUGAAGUUCAGUGCACAGAGAGAAAGACAGAUUUUUAUUAGAGAGGAUGUCUAUGCCUUCAGCUACUUGCCAAACUGUCCAGAAAAAAAAAAACCCACUGGACUUCUUGUAUUUCUUUAACUGUUUUUAUAAUGUAGAGUGGGAUUAAUUAUAUCAAGUAUAAUUGUUUCAAAAAGGUAUUUCAAAGUAGGUUACAUUUCAGAACUUCUAGCUUUUGUGUUGUCUUUUGCAGUUACAUCAGUGAGAAUCCCAAGGUAUGGUGUAAAUUCUGUAUAAUUUUAAACUUUUAAUUAAAGUAGCACUUAGAGUAUUGCCACCAGCAGCCUGAAAUAGUAUGCGACUGUUAAAAUACCUAUUUUGCGUACUGCUUUUUAUUUGAUUCUUCAACAGCAUGUGAUUGUGAUGACUGGUAGCCUUUAACACCUGACUUUUGGUUUCUUUUUUAUAAAAUAUUUUAACAUCUCAAUUUGUAAUUUGGGGAAAUAAUAUUCUCUUUAUGCAAAAUAUAAUGCUUGUGCUAGCAUUGAGUAAUCAGUAAAGGAAAAAAAAAAAAAGGGCCCAGAGGUGCAACAAAGAAAGUGGAUCACCAAAGCAAUGUGUAUGUUUAAAAAUAUAUUUGAGUUGAUUGUGAAAGUAUUAGGGCAAAAGUGAUUUCUUAAAAAAUGUUUCAAGAUACCUUCAUAACAUUUUUAAUUACUUUGGCUGUUGCUUUUAGUAGUAUGUGGUACAAUUUUAUUUAAACUUAAUGUUUCUAUAGGCCUGUUGAAGGACACUUCGGGCAAAGUUUAACUGGCAUUUUUUGGUGGUUGUUGGAAACCAUUGUGACUUGGGACUCCCCAUUUAAAUAAUGUACAGAUGCUCUAGUCAUAGACUAGAACAUCACUCGAACUAGAACGCCUGGAACAUCACUGUUGCAGAUAUGUAUAAUGUCAGGAAAGAUCUUUACAUCUGCAGCAGAAUAUUUGUUCCAGGAGGUUUUACUUGAGAGGGUGAAAUGUAGCCUAAUUUAUUUAAUCUAGCCACAAAAUAUGGUGGGUAGACAAGGAAUUAAUUUCAUUGUCAAUAAUGGCAAAGAAGGAUUGUUAUACAUGUAGCAUGAGGAAUUAUACAUAGACUUUGUUUGAAGCUUAUAUCUUCAAAUGCAAUUCAAAUUUCCAAGAAUAACAUUGCCCUCUCUGCAGAGCUGAGGACAGAGUAUGCACACUGUAGCAAAGGAGAGUUCGUUGAUCCACCACAGUUCCUAAGUGUCAUGUCCUCAUAAAAAAAAAAAAAAAAACCCACUACAAAACCCCACCAAAGCCCAACUGUUCAUGCUGUUUCAGCUAAAUAACUGUACAGAAGAAAUGAAUGCAUGUCAGUAUGCAUGUGAAAAGACCUAGUAUUGCAGCUACGGUUGUAAAAGCUGUUAGGACCAGUACAUUGGAAGAUAUUGAUGUCUAUUUUUAAUUAAAAUAAAAAUGGAUUUUUUAUUUGUAUAAAAUUGUAAUUUUGCUGUUCACUAUAAAUUUCAAUUUUUACUGAAAUACAGUUUUAUAAUUUGCAUUUAGAAUUUCUAAUGUGAAAAGGAAUUUGCAGAAUCUAGUUUAAUAAAGGAUUUUUGCCAC